AUGGCCGCCACGACGCCGGUGACGUCGUCGCCGGGUCCACCGGAGGAGCAGGACGAGGGGAGGACGAAGCCGCACCACCAGCGGGUUCCCAACGGGUACGUUAUGAUCGUGGUCCCCAACGACCGCCGCGACGAGUUGCCCGCCUCCUCUCCUCCUCGUGAUGCCGACGCCCCAGAGGAGGAGAGGGAGGACGAGGAGGAGCGGUCACCGCGGGCGACGUCCUCGCUGUGGCGCGCGGCGGUGGCGGUUGUGGCGCUCGCGGCGCUGGCAGUGGCGGGCAGCGUCUGCCUGUACGCGGACGGGGACGCCGCCACGGCUGCCUGGCGGCUCUUGGACACGCGGGAGGACGGCGGCGGCGACGAGGGCGCGGCCGGCGGCAGGUCCUUCCUGCUCCCGCUCUACCCGAAGCCACAUCGUGGCGACAACUGGCUGCAGAAUUCCACGUCGUUAUUUCCGCCGCUCACCGGCAACGAGCUCUUCCCGGAAGGGAUGUACUACACUACUGUCUCUUUGGGCAAUCCUCCAAGGCCUUAUUUUCUUGAUGUUGAUACUGGCAGCCAUACAACAUGGAUCCAGUGCGACGCGCCAUGCACAAGCUGUGCAAAGGGAGCUCACCCUUUAUAUAGGCCCCCUGCACGGACGAAUCUAGUUCCUGCCAGUGAUCAACUUUGUGAAGGAGCCCAACAUGACAACCCAAAUCAGUGCGACUAUGAUAUCAGUUAUGCUGACGGAAGCUCCUCUAUGGGCGUUCAUGUAAGGGAUAAUAUGCAGUUCAUCAGUGAAGAUGGUGAAAGGGAAAAUGCAGACAUUGUGUUUGGGUGUGGAUACGAUCAGCAAGGAAUUCUUUUGAACAGACUAGAAAAUACUGAUGGAAUUCUCGGUCUGAGCAACCAGGCACUAAGCCUUCCUACACAGCUAGCCAGCCGAGGUAUUAUCUCCAAUGCUUUCGGUCACUGUAUGACGAGAGAUCCCAGUGGUGGUGGUUAUUUGUUUCUUGGUGAUGAUUACCUUCCCAGAUGGGGAAUGACUUGGGUCCCUAUCCGAGAUGGUCCAGCAGAUGAUAUACGCAGAGCCCAAGUCCAGCAGGUAAACCAUGGGGAUCAGCAGCUCAAUGUACAAGGGAAGUUGACUCAAGUGAUCUUUGACAGUGGGUCCACAUAUACAUAUUUCCCAAAUGAGGCGCUUAUAAAAUUGAUAUCUUCGCUGAAGGCUGCAUCCCCACGAUUUGUACAAGAUGACUCAGACAAAACACUUCCUUUCUGCAUGAAAGCUGAUUUUCCAGUGAGAUCUGUGGAUGAUGUGAAACGUUUUUUCAAGCCCUUGAGUCUGGAAUUCGAGAAACGAUUUUUCUUCUCCAGAACCUUCAACAUUCGUCCUGAAGAUUACUUGAUCAUCAGUGAUAAGGGCAAUGUCUGCCUGGGGGUGCUCGAUGGAACAACGAUUGGUUAUGAUUCAGUAAUAAUAGUCGGAGAUGUUUCUCUUCGUGGAAAAUUGAUUGCUUAUGACAAUGAUGAGAAUGAGGUCGGGUGGAUCGAUUCAGACUGCACCAACCCUCGCAGACAAAGCAGAAUUCCUUCCUUCCUGCGACGAGCGUUGCACAACCAAGUUCUGUAA